AAAAACAAUAUUGAAGUUGGAAAGAAAUUUGCACUACUCCAAUGUGCGGAGGAUCCGGAGCAUGUGAGGGAGAGGUACGGUGGGUAUCUGCAGGUAUACAUGGCGAUGCUGGCAGAGGAAGGGGAUGAGUGGGCCCUCUUCCGCGUGUAUCGUGGCGAGUUACCGGCAGAGGACGAGAUCGACAGCUUCAACGGCUUCGUCAUCACCGCUAGCAGUGCCAACGCGCACGACAAUGACACGUGGAUAUGCAACCUCUUGAGUCUCGUCAAGAGGUUGGACUCCAUGAAGAAGAAAGUUCUUGGCCUUUGCUUCGGCCACCAGACAUUAGGUCGGGCCAUAGGAGGAAAAAACAGGGCGGAGUGCCACUGUCACCCGGAGUACACCAAGGAUAUAGUUCUCGGCCACAUUCAUCGUCUUGCCAAACGCAACCUUAUUCAGGAAGAGAUAGUGGUGGAGGCGAAGGGGAGGGUGGAGAGGGAAGAAGAGCUGAGGAACGAGGCUUGGAAGAAGAUGUGCAUUCGUUUUCUCAAGGGCAUGCAUGCACAUAUAUACAUCCAUGAAUCCAUGCAUGAUAUGCUAGAUGAUAUAUGAUGAUGAUGAAAUUAAAUGUGAUAGGACUAAAACGUAAGUCAUUUC